AUGUUUCCAGGGUUUAGUUCAUCGUAUCCUUCCUCAAGAAUCAAUUGCACCGUGAAGCACGGUCAUUCUGAGUGCAUUGUGACGUUUCCCCCGGGCCCAUAUGACGCAUCUGUUUUGUGUUCAUCCUACUGUCAAAGGCUGCACCGCGUAUGGCGCCCUGAAACGCAACUGCAACGCUUCGGGCUAUGCCUGCUGAGGCCUGGAAUCUGGAGAACUGGACGCGACAUCACAUCGUCAUUGUCGUCACCACCUGGGAAACAUCACCUUCACCAAAUUUGA